AUGAAUUUUUCUUUAACAGGUAUCGUCGCGAUUACUAAGGAUAUACAAAAGAUAACUUUACACCCUACUGUAGAGCUAUUUAAAGGACAUCUUGAAAGUUACGUUGAAAAGCAUUCUAAGGGAUAUAUUAAAGAUAUUGGAAAACAUUGUUGGAAUUCUCCAAAUGCAGAUAUAAAAAUUAUUGAAUGGAAGAGAAACCCAUGGGUUGCCAAAGCAUACACCAGUUUGUGGAAAGUAGAUGACACUGGACUUCCAAUGAUCAAUACAAUUAUCAUGAAGGCUAUACCUAAAGAAGAUAAAGAAGUCUGUUUGAAGCCUUUGAUAAUUGCAUUUAUACUUGCAAAUUGUAAUGACGAUUUAAAAGAUGAUAAUAGAUCAAAUGAUUAUAAUGGCACCAUCGAAGAGGAGAUUUCAGAAGAAAAUCAUUAUGAAUCUGAGGAUGCUAUGUUAUUUGAAUGA